AUGCAGCGCGCGCGCCCUCCCCUCCAGCCUGUAGCCCCGCCGCCGACGAGCCCUUCCGGUAGGUUCCCCCCAGCCCUCUUCUCCCUCCUCCCCCGCGGCAUGGCCUCCGACGGCAGCAACGACGGCCGCCGCCGCAGCGACCGGUGGCUGGCCUCCGACGACGACAGCUCCUCCGGUCGCGGAUCGCGAAGCUACAGACGGCGUCGCGCGCACGCCGCCGCAGCCACCGCGCGCACCCUCGCCGGCCUCACCGCCCGAGCGGCUCGCUGCCGCGCCGGCGGCGGCGCCUCGGCGCGCGCCCGCCUCCUCUCGCCUUGGCCCCCGCUCGGAGAUCCACCGCCCGCCGAUGCGGCACCUCGCGGCGCGGACGCGGAGGGGUGGCUCCAGCCUCGGCGCGAGCACCACCAGCCGACGCCGUCCGCAGCUCCACACCGGCGCCACGCAGCGGCAGCCGCGGCGCAGCCCUCGCCGGAGCGCAGGCGGGGGCUCGUUUCCGCUGCACGGAACCGGGGCACGCCAUUCGUGAUCGCAUCAACGAAGCUGCGUUGCCGCCGCUACUCGCUCUCCGGCCAUGGCUCCCGAACCGCACGCCGGAGCGGCGCGAGUACUACCGUGCUCGCCUCCGCCUCCCACCGCUGCGGCGCGCCCCGCCCUCCAGGCUCGUACGGCACCGCCACCACCACCCCCGCCCCGCCCCCGCUGCGCCGGGAGCGCGCCAUGGUGGUUGCUCCGACGCUCGCGCCGGCCGCGGGCGCCCAGGGGCCGGACCGCGUCAUCGUGCCCUACACCUCCGAGAUGGAGGAGGCCGAGGCUGUCCCGCGCCGUGCCAUGGUCGCCACCAUCACUGGCACGCGGCCGGCGGUCACCGCUGACGCCGUCUCGCACCUGCUCUGCACGACGUUCGACCUGCACCCCGACCGGGUCUCCGGCGACCACUUCCUCAGCACCACCAGCUUCUCGCUCAACCUGCGGCCAUGGUUUAAACUCGCCCACGCCGGCUGUGACAGGCUAGAUCAACGCGUUGAGGUACGCCUCCGCGGCAUCCCUGCACAGGCUUGGCAGCUGUCCACGGGGGAGUCCUUGCUGCGUGGUAGUUGCUGGGUUGAGAGCCUGUACGCCGAGACUCGCACCCGCGCCGACAUGGCCACCUUCCGGCUAACCGCGCGUGCACGGGACCCUGACGCCAUCCGGCGCCACGCUGUGCUCGAGGUCGUGGAGAUCAUCCCCGCGCACUCCAUGUCCCAGGCGCCCACGCUUCGGACGCUCACGUACCCUAUCUCCAUUGACGUUGGCCCUGCUGCGGCCGUCGCUCCGGCCAUGCAGCGCGCAGACAACCCUGGUCGUGGCACUGGAGGUGCUGGUGACGGCCGUGCUGAUCACGACGAUGGGCGGCCCCAAGCUCGGCGGCGCGGCCGUGGAUGCAAACGCCGGCGCCCGUACAACGACUCGCCACCACCUCCUGGGCGGGCUGACGGUAUGGCCAUGGAUUCGCUGCCCUGGGCUAUCAUCCAGAGGGGUAGACGCGCCGACGGCGUGGCUUGUGACGCACUCUGGCCGCCACCGCGUGCUCCGGCCGCUGCUUCCGGCGUACGGACCAUGCAGCCUUGGCCUGGCCAAGGUGGGCCACGGCGACAAAGCAGGCGCAGCUUUUGGCGCAGGAAGGAUGCUGCACCCGACCCCACCACGGCGCACGGUCCACCGCCAGGAGCUGACCAAGUCCAGAACGCGACGAGAGUUGGGACAGAUGGCGCCCCCUCUGUGGCCACUCCCCCGACCACCACUGCAACGGACCCCACCACGGCUUCCACCCCGUCGUCGUCUACCAUCUCUGGCGCCAAUCCAGCUGCGCCCACGCCAAGCCAGGAGGCCCACCCGGUUUGUCGGAACCAGGAGACGGCGCCAACAGCUCCUUCUUUCGAAGGGAGCGAGGUCCCCACUCCCUCGCCAGUAACCGAGGAGGAUCGCUUGUCGGGCAACUCCUGUGCAACGCCACCGUCAGCAUCUGCAGCGAGCGUGGACGCUAGUGUGGACCGGUCCACGGAACUUGGGCGGGAAGAAACGGCCAUGCGACCUAGGGCUGAGCUGGCCUCGCCUGUCGCCACCCAGGCCGAUCAGGUUUCGCAAGUGGAAGAGACGCAGGCCCAGGAACCGCCAGCCCAGCACCAUGCUGCUGAUCUAGUAUCGCAAGUGGAGGAGACACAGGCCCAAGCUAUGCAGGCCCUGGACCCGCUAGCCCAGCACCACGCUGAUGGCCCACGGGAAACUAACGACGCAGCCACCACGACACCAAGCAAGUUCAAGUCUCCACCGGUGGUCAUGCGCCGUCUCCGGCAACGCGCGCGCACGCAGCAGGCGCAGCCUCAACCAUCGUCUUUUACGUUGGGAGAGUUCCUGACCGCUGCCACCAGCAGCAUGGGUGAUGCGCUGCCCACUCCUAGGAAACGCCCGCGGAGGCUUCUGGUGUUCUCUCCGAGAUGCGGCCGAUCGGCCGCCAGGUCUGCCUCGGCAACGUGA